AUGGGAGAGGAGAAAAAAGAGGAGGAGCUUGUGGUGGAGGAUCAGACAGAGGUUGAAAGGGAUGGGUGCUGCUCAGGAUACCCUUGGUGGGUGGCUUUCAUUCUUGGAAACGAAUUUUGCGAGAGAUAUGCUUACUAUGGCAUGCGUUCAAUUCUCGUCCUCUACUUGACUUAUUUUAUUGGCUUCAGUAACGACGUCUCCGUUGAGAUUUACCACGCUUUUGCCGCUCUGACAGGGUUGCUCUUUUCUCAUAUUUGA